UCACGAAUACUGACCCCCCUGAUGUCCUGGGUCUCAACUUUAGCUUCUCUAGGAAUGGCAGUGGGACCUCCCCUCGUCUAUGCCGACCAGGCGUAUUCGAUCGUCAAGAAAAAAGAUGCGACUGGCUUUUCCAGAGAUGUGUCUGCGAUACUGUUAGUCUCCGCUCACCCUUUCAACAAAUCUCGAGAAAAUGUGAACAGUUUAAUUGCCAACAUUACUCGUUGUUUCUUUUGGCUGGGUGACCGCUUUGAGAUGGCACUUCUUGUCCAGUCUAUUUUCAUGAUCAUAGCUCAACUUGCCCUGCUGUACAUUUGCAUUCUAUAUCGCCCGCGACUCAGUCCGGAAAAUCUAGGGGGGUCAACCAGAACAUUUUCGUUUUGGCAGUGGCCAACAUAUACCCAACACAUCGAGUUUCUAGCGGGAUUGAUCUUGUUGGAAGCUAUCCUGUUCUUAAUCCUUGGCCACUAUGAUGUCUACGUGGCCGUACUAGGGUUUAUUGCGCUGGGGCUCGAAAGCACCCUUCCGAUUCCACAGCUGAUCAGCAAUUAUUCUCAGCGGUCUUUAUAUGGAUUUCGGAUGUCGACACUUAUUGGUUGGGCAGGCGGAGAUGCAUUCAAGACGGCGUAUUUUUUCCUUCAAGGCUCGCCAUUGCAGUUCAAGGUCUGCGCCAUAUUUCAGCUUUCCGUCGACCUCGCAAUUGUUGGCCAAAGGUUUGUGUAUGGCAAUGCUCCCCCAGCGACUGUUGUUCUCGACGAAGAGGACCUUGAACAGGCUCUGGCACUUGACGAGGAAUAG